GUGGAAGUAGAAGCACCGAUAGCGAUGGCCUUUUGUAAGCACUAUCGGUAUGCAGGCCCUGUGGUCAGAAAGUGUCUGGUACCGCUGCUGAUGGUGACGCUAAUAACCAUGAUAGUGAGGGAAGUGGCUCUAAAUGACAAAACCCCUGAGACACCGAGAAACCCAAAGAUCGACGGUGUGUUAUUAGAGCAGAAACACCUCCUCGAACGCCACCUGGAAGGAUAUGCUUUUCACUCGAAGUUAAACGUUAGCAACUUGAAGGACCUUGUGCUGAGGGAAGGAGGGCAGCCGCUGCGAAACCUCAUCGUCACUUCUUGGAGGUCGGGUUCCACAUUUCUGGGGGAUAUUCUGCUCAGCCAUCCGGGGACCUUCUACCACUACGAGCCUCUCCUUGACUUCGGCAUCAAGCAGAUCCGCUGCGGGGAUGAGGCGGCCCAAGCGAUGCAUAAUCUGAAACACCUUCUCAAUUGCGAUUAUAGCGAAAUGGAACACUACCUCAAGUACGGUCCUUCGCACCCUUGGGUGUUCUCUCACAACAGCGUCCUCUGGAGUCGGUGUAAGACGUUCCCCGACCUGUGCUGGAAGCCCGAGUUCCUAUCGCCCUUCUGCAGCCUCUUCCCCUUCCAGUCCCUCAAGACGGUUCGACUCAGGCUCAACCUCACGGAGGAACUACUAGAGGACAAGAAGUUGGGCGUGCGGUUGCUGUUGCUGGUGCGGGAUCCUCGUGGCACCUUGCAGUCUCGCCGGCACAGGGAUUGGUGCCCGGGACACAAGGACUGCGACGAUCCUGAGACACUUUGCAAGGAUCUCGUCAGGGACUACAUCACGGCGUCAGUCUUCAGGAGGAAGUUUCCUGAGUCCUUCAGAGCUGUCCGGUAUGAAGACGUUUCAUUCAACGUGUUCAACAAGACGAAGGAACUUUUGGAUUUCUUCCGCCUUGACUUCCACCCCAACAUUCAGAAAUUCUUGCACACGCACACCAGCCGGAAUAAGGGCGGCGUUUCCAGCACCUUCCGCGACUCGAAGGCCGCCCCUGUGCACUGGCAGAAGGACCUGUCGUGGGAGGAAGUGCAACGGAUUCAGGGCGUGUGUGGCAAGGCCCUUCAGCUGUGGGGCUACGAGAUAGCUCAGAGCGAGGAACACCUGCGCUCCUUCAUGCCUGUCGGCCCCUUGGAGUUCUUUUGAGGGGAGUCCCGCAUAUAUAUAUAUAUAUAUAUAUAUAUAUAUAUAUAU